AUGGGCAGCACAGAGCCACCACAGGCCGCCUUUUCGGCGCCGCCCGAGACCGCCACUUUCGACGGCCUCCUGUUUGACAUGGACGGCACUAUUAUCGACUCGACGGAUGCGGUGGUCAAGCAUUGGACGAGUAUCGGCAAGGAAAUAGGGGUCGACCCCGAAGUCAUCCUUGAGACGUCCCACGGACGGAGAUCCAUAGACACGCUCAAGAUCAUAGCCCCUGAAAAGGCAACACCGGAAUACGUCCAGCACAUGGAGAGCCAGCUCCCCAAGCUGUACGGCGCCGACGCCGUCGAGAUCCCCGGGGCGCGCGCCCUUCUUCAAGACGUGAUUGCGCACUCCACGCCCUGGACCAUCGUCACCUCGGGCACGGUGCCGCUUGUAACCGGGUGGCUCAAUGUCCUACAACUCCCCACGCCAGACCACCUCGUCACAGCCGAGUCGGUAGCCAACGGCAAGCCGGAUCCCGCAUGCUACCUCCUCGGGCGCGAGCGCCUGGGCCUCGGCGGCGGCGAGAAGCAGGUGCUCGUGCUCGAGGACAGCCCCGCGGGGAUCCGCGCGGGCAAGGCGGCCGGGUGCAGGGUGCUGGCCGUGGUGACGAGCCACACGGUCGAGCAGGUGCUGAGCGCCGGGCCCGACUGGGUCGUCCGGGAUCUGGCGUCGGUGAGACUGCUGCAGGCUGGUGGCGAGGACGGGAGGGUGACGCUGGAGAUUAGGGAUGCGUUGGCGAAGAGUAGGUGAAAGGACGGGGGGAAAAGGGUAAUAAGUAAGAGGGAGGGGGUUUGAGACUGAUGUGGGAAACUUGGAUGGUAGAAAAAUCCUGCUCUGUCGCCCUAAAUCGCACGACCUUCGUAGAUAAUGGGAAGCGUAAAGCUUGCCAUUCUUAUUCUUGGUUUUGUCGAUGACCGAAACGACCAUGCCCUCCCGUUCACAUGACCCUUUUUUAUUUUCUUUUCCAGUCUGGUCGUCAAUAUUCCCUGCGCAACGGUGUGUGACGCUUACAAUGACUCUGCUCGCCCCAGAACAAUCCAAACUCGCCGUCCAUAAUCC